AUGGCCACUUGUCGCCAAUUAAUCACUGCUUUAUAUGUUUAUAUGGAUAUUGGACCAAUUGAAACCCCUGAUGUUGAAACUUGUAUUUCUGAUCUACACAAACAUUUACAAACUUUGUAUAAUUAUUAUGCUAACAUUGUUGAUGCUUCUGCUGUUGUAGAUGCAAAUAUUCCUUCAAGUUUAGUUUCAACAUCUGCAUCCGGUGCUUUGGAGGAUAAUGAUGGUGUUGAAGAUUAUUUGAUUUGGUCUACACUAGGAGAGCAUCAACAAACUAGUAGCAGGAAUAUUGAUGAACUCCAAUUCUACUUGCAAAAGUCACAAGAGACCCACAUAAAGGAUUUUCUACCGCUGGUUAUACUUCCACUUUUUCCUUUGGAAGCUCCUGAAAUUAUCAGCAAAUCUCUACAUACUGGAAGUUGGGAAAUUCUUCAGCUUAUAUUAGUUGGUAUAGCUGUUUCUUAUGGCUUAUUUAGCAAAAAAAGUGAUGAUGAGUCAGACAAUGAAUAUCAUAGUAAUUCAAAGUUUGAUAAUGUUAAAUCUAGAUUACUUGAGGUUUCAUCAUUUUUUGAUGAUGAGGCUAAAAACCAUUGUUUGUCUGAUGAAAACAGAGUAGAAACUUUGAGUAAUUAUAAGUACCAUAGUGGUAAGCCAGUAGUAGUUCAAGAAAAACACAGAGCUAUAAUUAGUUCAAGAAUUGAUGAAAAGCCUUUGCUUUUACCAAUUCGGAGUUUGAAAUCUCCUGUUGCUGAGCCAAUCUCAACCACUUCACCAAAAUCUCUUUCACCUUCACAAUCCAUUUCAUCUCCAAGAAAGUUUCCAUUUUCAUCGGAAUCUGAAGACAAUAUUGCUGACAAUAUUGUGAGGAAAAAGAGUUUUCUUAAGUCCUCUCCGCCGCCGCCACCUCCACUGCCACCACCAACACCAACACCUGUUCUUAAAAAAUCAACUCUGUUGAAAUCAAGCUCUAUUAUAAUAGAUGAAAAGGCUGUUUCUGAUAAGGAAGUGAGGAGAAGUAGUAGGAGUGUGCCAUUUGAGGGGAAGUCAGUUCGAACAAUUAGGCCAUUCAUCGGAGCUGCUAGAGCAAGAGUGCGAUAUGCUCAAGAUUUCAUAAAUGGAAAGGCAGAGGGAAUAAAGAAUAAGGAAGUUGAACAAACUUUUGUCGAUAAACAGAUGAAUGAAACGUCCCAUUUUGUACCAAAGCCAGCAUUGAUGGAAUUUGUAGGAGAAGAGAAGAAAGUGUUGUCUGUUGAAAAGGUAGUUGUAGAAACUGAUGAGGAUUCAGAUGAUUACUUUGAAGAGAGCACAGGAAAUGUAGAGGUAGCAAACAAGAAUGUUAGUGAUAAGGCAACUGAGAGUACUGUUACUGAUGUAGACAAGAAGGCAGAUCAAUUCAUAGCUAAAUUUAGGGAACAAAUCAGGCUUCAGAGAAUUGAGUCCAUUCGAACAUCUGCUACAAACCUUGUAAAAUGA